AUGCACUUGAACCCGUUCGCCGUAACUGGCGGUAUGGCCACAACUUCCUUUUCGCCAGGGCCCUCGAAGACCGCUACUAGUACUCUCGUACCUCCAGAAUCUUCAAUAACGACUCCACCAGGUGUUUUUUCGAUGCCCACACCUAAGCUAUCCUUGAACAUGGGUCACGGUCCUGUUGUCUUUUCACGAACCAGUGCGACAGUGCCAACAUCUACAUAUACCCCAACUGUUGUCGAACGUGGAACCGAUCUCUCCCUCGAAUCAACAAGCCGUGAGAUACGGUACGUCGAUGAACCCCGACCGAAACGUAAUGUUCAUCUCCACGCCGCGGGAGAACUUCGAGAUCCUAGAGGCUAUACAGAAGGUAUCCGAUCCGGCCAACGACCUCUGCUCAACAGCUGA